GGCGGGGAGCGCCGGGGCCGCUGAGGUGAUCCCGAGGGGCAGGCGGCCCCUCGGGGCGCUGGGUGCCGCCUGAGGCCGGGGCUUCCCUGGCUCGGAGGCGCCGGCUCUUCAGCGUGUUCCUCGGAAUCGCUUUGAGAAGCCGCAGCGUUGCCGGCAGGCUCCGGGCUCCAGGUAGCGGCAGCGCUGGGUCCGCUCCGAAGGGCUGGAUGUCCCGCUCUGCCCAUGGAGAAGGCGCAUCAGUGUGGCUGAAGGGGCAUCUUCCACGGAGCCUGGACGACCCUGCUGAUUUCUGGGCGCUGAGCCUCCGCCUUCGGGAUGGGGAACGGUGGCUCCGCCGUGAAGGUCUGCACGGAUCACCAGGGAGGCAUCAACUGGCUGAGCCUGAGCCCCGACGGGCAGCGCCUGCUGACGGGCAGCGAGGACGGCACCGCCCGGCUCUGGAGCACUGCCGACAGCCAGUGCCAUGGCCACUUCCAAGGACAUGAAAGCUACAUCACCUUUUGCCACUUGGAAAAUGAGGCUGCCUUCACGUGUAGUGCAGAUCACACCAUUCGAAAGUGGGAUGUGGUAACAGGGCAGUGCGUGGCCAUUUACCGAGGACACACAUCAAUUGUUAACAGGAUCCUGGUUGCCAAGGACUAUCUCUUCAGUGGUUCCUAUGACAGGACGGCCCGCUGUUGGAGUGUGGACAAGGAGAAACAAAUCCAGGAAUUCCGGGGCCAUCGGAACUGUGUCCUGACUCUAGCUCACUAUUCCUCCAGGGAUGUUCUUGAAGAAGAGGAGGAGGAAGAGGAAGAGGAGGAGAAAGUGAGCAGAGACCUUCUGGUGACAGGUAGCACCGACUGCACUGUGAAGGUCUGGUGGGUGUCCAGUGGGCGCUGUUACCAGACUCUGCUGGGACACACCGGGGCUGUUUUAUGCCUUAUACUUGACGCACCAAACAGGGAGCUGUUCUCUGGCAGCACGGAUUACACCAUUCGAACGUGGAAUAUUGUCACUGGUGAACAGCUGAAAGUGUUCAAAGAGCAUCAAGGAUCGGUAAUUUGCCUCGAGCUAGUGAAUCGGCACUUGUAUUCAGGAAGCGCGGACAGGACAGUGAAGUGCUGGUUAGUAGACACUGGGGAGCGAAUCCAAACGUACAAGGCUCACAAACACAGCGUUAGCACUUUGAAAUACCACGCCGGGAUCUUGUUCACGGGAAGCGGCGAUGCCUGCGCGAGGGCUUUCAACUCCAAGAGUGGUGUCCUGCAGAAGAUCUUCCGAGGACAUAAGUUCAUCAUCAACUGCAUCCAGAUCCACAACGAAUUGCUCUACACCGCUUCCCACGACGGCACGCUGAGGAUUUGGGACAUCCGGGGAAUAUGCAAGAGAAACAAGCGGCGUUUGAAGAAGGAGAGGUCUACCCAGGGCAGGAGCUCUCAGAAGGGAAGCCUGUCUCGUCUCUUCAACAAUAAAGUCGGCUGCAUGGUACAGCAAGAAAACGGGGAACACGAGGCCAUUGAACUAAUGUGACUCUUCAGAAGAGACUUUCCCUCAGUGACCAAAGCUGAACCUGUUGUUUUCUGCACCACUGUGUCCAUGUAAACCAGAACCUGGAAAGGGCUGGGACGCGGCUUUGUUCAAACCUCUCAUUUCGGAGCCGGGAUUUGCUGUGACGGUUGGAUGGUCUCGUCAGCAGGAGCUGCGGUGCGGUGCAGGUGAUGUGCCCGGGGGGUGGGUAAUUAAGAACUCACAACUGCUUGUUUUCAGUUCCCGCUGGCACAGAGGUGUUGCACACUGCUGGUCUAAUAUCUAAUGAGAAAUGAUUUCUCCUGUUCCUGCUGCCCCCUCAGAUGCCCUCGUUCAGCCAGAUGCAGAAAUGAGGGGGUGCUCUGCAGUACGAGUAUGAAUUCAAUUUUCAGAGCUGACCUUCAGGUCAGCUAAUUAUACCAACUAAUGGAGGAUGGUACGGUGCAGCAGCAGGAGUUCAAAGCAGACUGGACACCUCUCGAAAAGUUCGGAGUAGUAGGACAGCAAUUAAUUCUUUUUUUUAACAAAACAUAAGCUAGAGAACAAGCUAAACCUCAGACCUUUUGUGCAGCAGUUAUUCUCCCAACACAGAAUGACACAGAAUGUUAGGGAACCUAGUGGGUUCUUGUUUCUACCUGUUACAUUCUCACACUUCAGCAAAGGAAGCACGAGAAGAGAGAAGAGGAAGAUUUAUUGGGUGCUCUAGAUCUGUUCUCAUUGCUCCUGCUGAGGUUCGCUGGGUUGUUAGCAGCAUUGGAUAAGCAGUCACACUCGAGAGAGGUUGUCCCAGUCUUGUUCCAGGUUCACCCCUCUCUGAUAACCACUGAGCCAUGAAUAAACAAGGGUUCUUCUAUUUUUCUAUUUGCAGAUAUAACUCUUUGUAGAACCAGUACUAAAAUAUCUAAGCACAUGUUUUUAUUUUUAUGGCUUUAUUUAUUCCAUACUACAGCAAGAUAAAAAUGCUGUAAUCUUUUUUUUAGAAUGGACUAAUAAACUUGUGGCAUCUACAGACAA